AUGUCUUCAUCUCAAACAGCUGCUGGUGGUAACUUGUUUUAUCACGUGGUUGAUUCUUGGUUCGGAGUGAUGGGAUCUAAUAAUUCCUAUCUUUAUACACAAAAAGAAGGUAUUAUAAAUGGUCCACCGCAUUCCUUCCCUAUGAUUUUUGGUAGUAAUGAACCUGCACCAAUAAGAAGAAGUAAUUGGCUUUAUCAAGAUACACAAUUUGUAUUAAUUUCUGCUGUGAUUAUCUUUAUUGUUAGACGACUUGUUAUUGAAAAAAUUGUUGCUCACUUAUUUGGAUUGAACAAGAAAUCAAAUGAUAAAAAGGAUGAAAAGGAAGCUGCAGCUAAAGCUCACAGAGUUCAAGAAAAUACUUGGUUUUCUCUUUAUUAUACAAUAUCAUCAAUUGCAGGCUUUUUAAUUUUGCAACAAACUCCGUGGUUAUUUGAUUUAAAUCAUUUAAUUAUUGGUUAUCCUGAACAACACACUGGCUUUGAAUAUCCACUUAUGAGAGAAUAUUUGCUUGUAGGAGCAGGUUUCUAUGUUCAAGCUUUAUUUACACUGAUUUUUGUUGAUGAAAAGAUGAAGGAUUUCUGGGAAAUGCUCGUUCAUCACUUGGUUACUAUUGGCUUGAUUUAUGGUUGUAUUUCCGUUUAUUAUCAUCGUAUUGGAACAUUAGUAUUAAUUUUACAUGAUGUUGUCGAUAUUUUUCUCUACUGUGCCAAGGCUUCUAAACACAUGAAAGCAAGGGAAUCCACCACUACAGCAUUAUUUGUUCUCUUUGUGUUGGCUUUCUUAUUGUUGAGAUUAAUUUACUUCCCAUCACUUAUUCUUAAAUCAUUGACAAAUUAUGCAGGUUGGGAUUAUCCAUCAAGAUAUUAUCUGGUACGUUAUGUGAGUGAUUCCGUGACUCCUAUUGAAGUUAGUGAUUAUGGUAUUUGCCUCCAACGUUAUUGUUUAAGUCCAUAUUGGGCUUUGAUCGCUUUGAUGGCAAUGUUGGUUUGUCUUCACAUCUUUUGGUUUUCCUUAAUUUCAAAGAUUGUUUGGAGAAAAUUAGUUGGAAGAGGAUUGGAUGAUAUCAGAGAAGAUGACGUGGAUGAUUCCGAUGAUGAGGAUGACAAGAAGAAGAAAAAGAAGGAUUAA